UGUAAGAAAAUCCUUAUGCUUAAAAACUGAUUCCGUUGAUUAUAUGCGCGAAAAUUGUGCGAGAACUUGUGGUUUUUGUGUUGUUGGGGAAGAAACUGAAAUAAAUAAUGGAAAUGAAAGAUUGCCAGAAAAUAAUGGAAAACCUGUAGUUGUUGAACGUCCUCUAUCACAACAUCGUUUAACAGUUCCCGAUUGUUCAGAUAAAGUUGGGAAUUGCACAACAAAUGCUCACCUUUGUGGAAGUCCUGUUUAUGGAGAAUAUAUGGUAAUUAGUGAUUCUGUUGUAAUUUAG